AUGCUCCUUGGAGCAGAAUCGUACAGCUUUGUGAAGGACACGGACGAAGGAGCAGUCUGGGUAGAGAAGCAGAGCUUUGGCAGAAUCGGGUUGGCUAUCAGGGUGAUGGAGAUUCUCGACUACAGCAUCAAGGUCGAAAAAGCCAGCAAGAUGCAGAUCGACGACGGAGAUGACGCAGACCUCGCGGAAAAACACUCCAUCGGCAAUUUCGGGAACUACGCAGAAGAGGACGAGAUUAUUAACCUGGAUUCAGAUGACGAGGUGGAUGUGGAUUUUUUGGAACAGCAGUUUGACGACGAUGAACUGGAUGUGGGCGAUUUGGUACCGAAUGACGACGGGAAUUUGGAAAAAGCUAAGAACAAUAAAUCGAACAGCAGCAAGAACGCCCUGAACUGCAACAAGACCUGGGAGUACGAGGAUGAAGU